UUGACUUUCAGGUAAAACCUGAUUCUCUCUGCUAAAAGCAUCAUGAGUGAGUCCAACCCAAGUGCAGACAUCAAAUUCGGACCCGAAGUGGAGGCUUUGCUGAAGUCAAACUCCGGAGUGAGUGUGGCAGACUACGACACUGUGCUCAUAGUUGCACACCUAGUGAAGAUACAACUCGUCCACGUCAUAUCCAAGUGUGGACACUUUUGCGACAUCAGAAAAGGCAAGAAUCUGGAACUGGAAGACAUUCUAUUCUUGCUAGUGAAAGAUGAGCUCAAAUUCCCAAGGAUAGUGAAACACCUCAUUUUCAAAGACAAGCAGGCCAAGCUGAAAGUUCCCUCCAACUUCUCAGUUGGUGAUGCAUCAGAUCUGGGAAACCCGGCCGAGACCUCGGGGUUCGCAUCUCCAGCCAGCUCCGGCAACCAAAGCAACAACUCGAACCGGGUGAACUGCAUUAAGAGGUUCCUAGACACUUUUCAAAUCCCACAGAACAUAAGAGCCGCAUGUUUCUCCACGCAAUUAGACGCCGUCAAGAAGAUUAGACUGCAGCGAGAGGAGCGUCUUAGUAGCUGUAUGAGUGCAGCUCAGUAUGUCCAGUGGAACCAGUCCAAAGUCCCAGUGCACGCUCAGUUCAGAAGCAAAGUGAAGAUUUUCUCCGAGAAACGACUGAAGGAGCAAGACGCUAACAAAGGAAAAGACACGCCCUCCAAAAUUCAUCCGCAUGCAAUGGAGGCCAUUUUGUUCCUCAGCACAGAUUUGGUGGCGGAAGUAGUCGAUGAAAUAUUUCUGCAGCGUGAACGAAGGAAUGGUUCACUCGUUUCUCAGAUCGCUUCUCCUGAGAACGAAAAGAGUGCUAAUUGGCUCACGACUCCAUUGGAACAACACGAGGCUCAAACUGUUUUGAAUAAAUUAUCCUCGAAGUUUUCGGAGAAGUCUCAAACGGUUGUGUUGAUUUGAACUUUUUUUGUUAAGUUAUAAAACUGUGCAGACAAUUCAAAGCCUU